AUGGUGAAUAUUGGUGUGGAUUCCGAAGUUCGGAGGGAAUGCAUUUCUGUUCAUGUCGGCCAAGCCGGAGUCCAGAUUGGUAAUGCCUGCUGGGAACUUUACUGCCUCGAGCAUGGCAUCCAGCCGGAUGGACAAAUGCCUUCCGACAAGACUCUUGGAGGAGGCGAUGACAGCUUCAACACCUUCUUCAGUGAAACAGGGGCUGGCAAACACGUUCCAAGAGCUGUCUUCGUUGACUUGGAGCCGUCUGUUGUUGCCCCGAUCAUCUCGGCUGAAAAGGCCUACCAUGAGCAGCUGUCUGUUUCUGAAAUCACGAAUGCUUGCUUUGAACCGUCCAACCAAAUGGUCAAGUGCGACCCUCGUCAUGGUAAAUACAUGGCUUGUUGCAUGCUGUAUCGCGGCGACGUUGUCCCUAAGGACGUGAACGCCGCCAUUGCCGCCAUCAAGACCAAGCGCACGAUCCAGUUCGUUGACUGGUGCCCCACAGGCUUUAAAGUCGGCAUCAACUACCAGCCGCCCACAGUCGUGCCCGGCGGCGAUUUGGCCAAAGUGCAGCGAGCCGUGUGCAUGUUGUCCAACACUACUGCCAUUGCCGAGGCCUGGGCCAGACUCGAUCACAAGUUUGACCUGAUGUACGCCAAACGUGCCUUUGUUCACUGGUACGUGGGUGAAGGCAUGGAAGAAGGCGAGUUUUCUGAGGCUCGCGAGGAUUUGGCCGCCUUGGAGAAGGACUAUGAAGAGGUGGGGAUUGAUUCGACUGAAGAAGGAGAGGAGGAGAACGAGUACUGAAAAAAAAAACAAAGGCGAACCUUUCUGUCUGGAUGUCGUUGGGCGGGGAAAAACUUGAGAGGAAUUUGGUUUUCUUGUUCAGUUCUCACUACCCCAGCAGGCCUUGACUCGAGAGGUAUGUUAAUGAGUGUAUUUCGAAGAGAAGCCCUGGCUUUCUUAUUGUGUCUUGCGAGUCGAUAUCGUAACUGUGCUUUAAAAGCUCGUAUUCCAAGCCAUUCUGAUUCCGCAUCGGAGUUUGUCUUGUCUUGCUCGUUUUUUUUUUUCAAGUGAACGUCGGAAAUCUUUGUAAGGAGAUCUGGAAGAAACAACAAAACUUGCUUUUGUCUGUGCAAA